AUGUUUGUAAAGCCUAAGCUACCAACUUUCCCGAAGCUCGAGUUACCAACUUUGCCAAAGCCUAAGAUGCCUGAGAUUCCAACAAUGCCAAAGCCUGAGAUCCCCGCUAUGCCAAAACCUGAGAUUCCUCCCUUGAAAAAGUCAGAAAUCCUAGCAAUGCCAAAGACUCAGGUUUUUCCAGUUAUGAAAAAGCCUGAAGUUCUAGCUAUGACAAAGCCUGAAUUACCGACUUUGCCAAAGCCUGAGAUCUCAACUAUGCCAAAAACUAAAUUACCGACUUUGCCAAAGCUUGAGAUUCCAACUAUGCCUAAACCCGAGCUUCCCGAUAUGCCAAAACAUGACAUUCCAGCAAUGCCAAAAUCCGAGCUUCCUCCCUUGAAAAAGCCAGAAAUCCCAGCAAUAUCAAAGCCAAAAAUUCCAAAACUACCAAAGUCUGAAGUCCCAGCCAUUCCAAAGUCUGAAAUCCCACAAAUGCCAAAAUCAACUUUUCCUUCACUUUCUCCACCAUGCAAACCCCGUUACUCCUUGAGUAAAUUAUAUGCUACCCACUCUUUUAGAAAGUACCAAACUGAUUUUUUGCGAUUUCCAUCUCAGUCUAUGAAGUUUGCGACCUGGAGAUAG